CCCGAGAGGCCCGACCCGGAGCCCCGAGGGGACAGGGAGUGUCCGGUCAAAGCAGAGGCUCCCCUCCCCGACCCAGACGCCGACUUCCUGGAGGUGGCCAAGAAGAUCCGCGAACGGAAGGAGAAGGCGCUUUCCAAGCAGGCCGAGCUGGGCGGCCUGAGAACUGCGGGGGGCUCGGCCAGGGUCACCCCCUUAGAUGACUCGAAGCCCGAGGAAGAGAAAGCCAGGCUGGACACUAAGCCAGACAAGGCUCCCGAGUCCCCCUCGCCCAGGCCGAGCAAAGGCCGAGAAAGCGCGGAGGUCAAGAGCAGAGCAUCCGAUGGGGAAAUUCGGACCCGGGGAGAGUGGGUCUCCAGGGGCAGCGUCAAGAAGCGCCUCAGUCUGUUUGGGGAGGAAAGCGCCUUGGCCGUGGGGUCUGAACCCCCACUGGCCACCCCUGAGUCCCCAUCGGCUGCUCCGGAGCCCGAGAAAGCAGGACUGAGCGUCCAGGAUCGGAUCAAAGGCUGGGCCACCGAGAGCUCCAAGGUCAAGCCGGAGGUCAGGAGGAGGGCGUUCCAGGCUCGGCCCCUGUCGGCGGAUAUGACCAAACUGUUUUCAAGUUCAGCUUCAAGCAGUGAAGAGCCGAGUGGCGAGCUUGCUAAGGAGCCGAGAGAAAAGCAAAAGGAAGGGCCUGGUUUGGACGGAGCAUCUGCUCCCAGGAGCCCCUGGAAGCCGGGUCCCCCCGGGGAGAAGUCCAGGCAGGCACCGCGGAAGGAUGGUUCCAACCAGGUUCCGACCAGCUGUCGUGGGGCAGGCCCGGCAGGGGCCCCGAGCUCCUCGGACGGCGCCCAGGAAGACGAGGGGAGCUUCCAGACCGUGAGGGCCACAGUGUUUGAGCAUCACGUAGAGAGACACACGGUGGCUGACCAGUCGGGACGCUAUCCCCCAACCACACCCCCUGGUGCUGUGACCCACGUCUCCGAGCCCCGACCCAGGCCCAAGAGAGGCUCGUGGCUGGGGAAGGACCCUCCAGAAAAGACGACCCUCAAGAAAGAGAACUCCAGGUGGUCGGAAAACCCCGACACCGAGAGAGUGGGACGGACCCCCCUCUUGAAUGGUGACCCCAAACCGGAUCACACGCCUCUCCCGGAAAGGCCCCCUCUGGGCGAGACACGCAGUAGCCACCCCUUCCUGAAGAGCUUGGAGCACCCUCCCAGGUCACAGCGGGUUGAGCCCAAGUACGUCGUGCACACAGUGGGGGAGCGUGCACACAGUGAGGCUGUCCCCACGGCACCGGAGGAGAAAGCCGUGGAGCUCCGGUGCGGCAGCGCCAGGUCCCGUCUCUCGCUGAAGGGGAGGCAGCUGUCCCCCGAGGUCGCCCCCGCUGACCCAGAGCGCAGGCCGGACAGCCAGGCGGGCUCCGUCCAAAGGGCCAGUCUGCUUUGGGAAGCCCAAGGCACGCAGGAGGUCAGCGGGCCCAUCCCGGACCCCCGAGAGCCACAGGGCACGGUGGGGGGCAGCGGCCUGCCCAGCCAGGGGCCCGAAGGGGCCAGGAACAGGCCAGGAGGCUGUGCUUCCGCGGGAGAAAGGGCUGCUCCCCGCAGCUACCCUCCCGAUGCCCCUUCCAGAGCCAAGGGUGAGCCCUCGGACCUCCGAGCACGGCCACCCCCUGACGGGCUUGUGCAGAAAGGGCCCCAAGUGGUGGCUGCCGGGGAGGCUGAGCGGAGGCCGGCCCCGGCCCCGGAGCCUGGAGUCAGGAUGCGGAGGGGGAGCCCCGGGGACCAGAGAUUCGACAAGUGGAGGCGGCGGACAUUGCCCCACGACGUGAAGUUUGAGGAAUUCAGCUUCCUGGCUUCAGAGGGGGAGCAGCCAGGCCCCGAUGAUCUGAGCCCCACCGCAGGCGCCCCGAGGAAACGUCUACCAUCCCAUAACAGGGUGGAGGCCCGGGAGGCGGACACGGCCCUCCCAGCUGUGAGCCCAGGGCCGUCUGGGGAACCCAAGGCCACCUUUUUUGCAGUAACAUAUCAGAUUCCCGAUGCUCAAAAAGCAAAGGGUGUUGUUAAGCAAGGGCCUGAAAGCUUGACGGAACAUUCUAGAAAAAUAGCUCCGCCUCCAUCGCCUCAUCCUUUAACUUCCACGUUGGUUUCUCCCAACCCUGAAGAGCCACUGGAGGCCGUGGGCAGUAAGAGCCGGGCGCAGGGCAGACGGCGUGACAGCGCCAGCUUUUCAAACACGCGAAAGCCAACAGAUGUUUCAUCGCCUCCCGGGGACAGGAUUCUGGAUCUUUCCACCGAGAGAAUCUUCGAUGCAGACGCCGUAGGUGUCCAUCGGCGACCAGAAGGCCGCACUGGGUUUCAGAAUGACUGGAGGGAAGGUGGGAGCAAGACGCCCCCCAGUAGCGCUCCCCAAACCAUCAGAAGGAGGAGCGAGGUGGUCAGCGGGACGUCCCUGGGCAAAGUCACAGGUGGCUACAGAUCCAGCGUUCUUGACAUUGACGCCCUGAUGGCCGAGUACAAGAAGCCGGAGGCUCCGGAGUGGACGGAGGGGCCGCCCGCAGAGCCUGGCUGGGCCCAGGAGCGGCCAGGCCAGCGAGGCGGGGUGGACCGGAGGCGGAGGAGCCUGAAGGAGGGGCCCGAAGAUGAGGGUCCCCGGAAACAGGCCAGUUUUGCAGAAACAAACCACAGUUCUAGUCCAGCCUCUGGCAGGCAGCUGGCCGAGAGCCCGGGGGCCGCCACGAGCCCCAAACUCAGUUCUCCUCUGUGGGCUCUGCCGCCCGGGGCUCCCGAAAAACAGCCAGGGGCCUCUCCCGUCCCCGGGGGUCCCGGGAAGAAGGUCUCAGGAAUCGCUGAGGACGAGUCCAAGGCCUUUGCUAGUAAACAUCACGGUGCAAAGCAUCAGGAUUACCCGGCUGCCUGGGAGGACCCCAGCCGUGGAGCCGGUGUGUUGGCCAGAUCCUCCCCAGCGGACCAGAAGAAAGGGACCCCGAGGAAAUGCACCGGGCGGGGAGAGGAGGGCCGUGUGGCCCAGUGGGGUGACCGCCCGCUGGACUGUGGCCGGUCACCGCUGGACGUCAAAAGGGCCUAUUCGGAGAAGGGCGCCCCUGCCAAAGUCCGAGAGGGCCUGUCCAUCAUGCAGGAAGCCAGAGAGAGGAGGCGAGAGCAGCCCCAAGGGAGGCCCAGCCUCCCUGGGGAGAGUUCGGAGGCCAAGGAAACCAAACUGGGGCCCUGUCGGCGGGACUCGGGGACUCGAGACAGUCAAAAGGUGACAUCACGAGACCUGGGGAGGGAGGAGGCCCUCCAGGACCGCGAUCCGCCUCUCCAGCAGGCGUCCCCUGUGGCUUUGGGCCCCCGGAGGAGCCACAGCUUCUCCAAGGACAAGAGGAGCGGGGCCUUCGUGGAUCAGCUGAAACAGUGCUUCUCCAGGCGGCCCCCCGAGGCCAAGGACACCGACACCCUCGUACAGGAAGCCGACAGCCAGUAUGGGACGUGGAGGGACCAGCACCAGAGCGGGGAGAGCGUGGCCCCUGAGUCCCCGUCCCCGGACAGCAGUGCAGCGUCGGCGUGGAAGCAGCCCUCCAGCAGCCGCUUGUCCUCACUGUCCUCCCCCACGGAGGCCACCUCGGCCGGGGACCAGCAUGACUGCCCCAGGGACCAGCGGAGCACCAGUGUGGACCGCUCUAGCACCGACCUGGAGUCCACCGAUGGGACGGAGGGGCCGCCCCCACCCGACGCCUGCUCUACAAAGAAAGUAGACGACUUCUCCUUUAUCGAUCAAACCUCAGUCCUCGACUCAAGUGCCCUCAAGACCCGGGUACAGCUCAGCAAGAGAAGCCGCCGCCGGGCUCCCAUCUCCCACUCCCUCCGGCGCAGUCGAGUCAGCGAGUCAGAGAGCAGGUCUCCGCUGGAGGAGGAGGAUGACACCAUCUGGAUGUUCAAGGACUCAACAGAAGAGAAAUCCCCCAGGAGAGAAGAGUCCGACGAAGAGGAGAAGCGGUCCGAGAGGUCACCCAGCAGCCAUCCCCAGAGGAUGCCCGCGUUUCCGGGCAUCGACCCAGCCAUGCUCAAGGCGCAGCUGCACAAGAGGCCAGAGGCGGACAGUCCCAGCGAGGCCCCUGGCUGGGCCCCCCAGCCCAAGACCCCCAAACCCCCCUUCCAGCUGGGCAGUCGUGUGCUGCCCACCAGCCUUGAGAAGGAUGAGAGAUCAGAAGAGACCUCACCCCAGUGGCUGAAGGAUCUGAAAUCUAAGAAGAGGCAAAGCCUGUAUGAGAAUCAAGCUUGACCAGACGGGGACACCGCCACAUCUCAUGAACAGAAGCCUUAACUGUCAGACCCCCAAGACGAGGCCGCGCUGCCGCCGUUCCCUCCUGCACAGCGGUCACCUGCCUGCGCCCCGCCUUCCGGUCAGAGCAGAUGCUGUCCGGGCUCCACCCUCCGCAGGCUCUCAGGAUGGACCAGGUCGGACCGGAUCAGGCCGAAAGGCUCCCUCUUCACGCACCUGCACGCCUACCAGACAGCACUUCAGGCUGGGAAAGAAGCCAGGCUGCCCAGAAGUGUCCAUGUGGGCAGUUUUGUUGCGGUUUUUAAUGUAACAGUGCAUUUCCGCCCACGUCAGCAGCCGCUCUGGGAGCACGGGUCGGUUCUGGAAAGCACCCGAACUGUGAAGCGCCUUCUCCCCUCCCAGGGCAGGGCUUCCCAAGAGGACUUUCCAGGGAAGGAGAAGCUCACUCGUUUCCUGCUGGUGUGUCCGGGCAGCGCCGCGGGGCGGGCGUCCUGAUUGCUUUUCGGCCGUUCCCCUCCCUCUCGGAAGCUCAGGGGUUCCGAUGUUAAGCGUCCCCUUCCUGUAUUUAUCCUUCCCAGGGGCCGUGCGCACAGCUCGCCUCUUUUCUCGCGUGUCGCGUUUGUUUGCUUUCGGAGGCGAUGAAGCAAUAAUGCAGCCAGUUCCCCUUGACCAUGGACGUGUAUAUAAGCCUUCACAUUGAGGAACGGGAGGAGAGAGGCGUGGCUGCUUUGCCGGGAGCAUCUGGUCAUCUCAGGUUACCUUGUCCCUAUCCGAGCUUUUUGUAGACAUUCUGAUUGUCACCUGUGUGUCUCCCUGGUUCCUUGCCCUUGUGAGCUCUGGUUUCUGUGGAGGGACCUGUCCCUUGGCCUCCAGGGUCAUAAGCUGCAGCCCCUGGCAGUGCCUUUCCCACCCUUCAGACCCGCCUGAGGAUUUUCCCAGCGUUGAUCUCCAUCACUGCCUGCGCUACGGGAAGAGCCGGUCCGCAGUGGCCUCGCUGAGCAGAUGCAGGGAUGAGAGGCUCUUGUGUUUCUACUCACCUCUUCCUUCUACCAACCCUCCCCCUGCAUCCACCAUCUUUUUAGGUCCAGAUGAAGGGCGGGGUCUUGCGGAAAGCCCUUCCCAGCAGGGGAACUCCCCAGGCCAGGGACGCGGACAGAGCUGGGUGCUGGGUGGCGGAGCGGAGGUCUACCUGCCUCUUUUUCUUGCUGUCUCUCCUCUGUCAUUCUCUUUGGAAAUCCUCCACACCAGCCUCCUCCACCUGCGAAGCCCAAGGCCCCAGCAAACAUCCCAGAAAUGCCUGCUGGCCAUCUGCCAUACCUGCAGUCGCCAUAAACUUUGUGCCAACCUUCCCUGGGAGACGCCCUUUGGAGAGAGAGAUGCUUGGGCAGUUCACAGGGUGGCUGGUAGUGGCCGAAGGGUCCUGGGGCUUAGUUUCCACAUAGACACAUACACAGCAUUGGCUAGAUAUAGACACACACACCCCUCCCAAAGCGGUGAAAAUCUUCAUAAAUCCCAAUAUUUGCAAAUGGUGUCAAAGCAUCCCUCCCUUCCCAGCCACCUCUCAGGACUCUGUGUGUCUGCCCAUCGCUCUGUUCGCAUCAUCUCCCUUUACCUCCGCUCUCCUCUUGGGGGUGGGGAGCGGGGGACAGCAGUCGUGUUUCUCUGGGGUAAGACAGCCUGUGCCCUGGGGAGCGGCUAGCUUCAGCACCGCAGACAGUGACCAGAGCGCCCUCCCUGAGUCCUGUGGGCUGAGCUUUGCUGCUUACCAAUGGGCGCUGGUUGGAUCCCGUCGCCCACCCUGUGGGUCUGGAAGCCUCGUGCAUCUGCAUGUGGAGGUCUGGCCUUGCUUGAUCGUAGCUGUGUCCCCUUCGUUCCCUGAGUAAAUCGUUGAUCCGUUCUCUCUGGCAGUUUGGGGAUGGAAUUCCUCCAGGAGCUGCUGGUGGACGUUUGUUGCUCGUGCUCUGUAACAGCGUUGAUGUGGUGGCCUCCUGACCAGGCUGCUAGUGCCCCUGGGCACUGCUAGUUCCUUCCUUGGCUGCUGCUUGCUUUGUCCUUCUGAAGGUGGGAAGGGCCGCUUGGUACCACCUCAGGCAGUAGGAAGUGGCCUGUUCUGUCCAGUGAGUGUAGCGCACUCACCAUGCACAACUCUCAAUUCUGUUUUAGCCCAGGUUUACCCGACAGGAAAGAAAAACACAUGAAGAGGAGAUCUUUUGCCUACCCUAUCCCCCCCGCCCAUGACUGGAACUAAAAGUUCAGUUGAUUCCAUGGUGAUUAAGACACACAAAGUCCACCCCUUUCAACUGACUAGGGCAGACUCUGAACAUUCUCCCAACUUCUAUUUCCUGCUGCCUCCUCUCUCCAUGCAGAGCAGACAAUCACAGAGGGUCAGGAGGGACCCUCCCAAUGCAACCCCCCGCCCCAGGAACCCCCCUUGGGGUCAGAGCGAUUGACGUCCGCGCCUGUGCAGUCAGCUGGGCCACUGGGGGUGUGCUUCUCCUCUUUCUAAACGGGGUGAGCUCUUUGGGGCAAAGCAAGGGUUUGUGCUCCAGUUUCCCGAGUGAGCCUGGGGUCACCCUUGGAAAUCUGUCUCCUUUACACUGAAUAUGCCUUAAUCAUCUGUAUGCAGUCAAGCCCUGCCCGCCUCUCCUUCCUCCCUGAGCCCGUGGCUCUCCUUGGUGAGUCUUGCACAAAAGGCCGAUUGCUAGGGAUGCACCAUCUCAGCCACCUCCCUCCCCUCCCUCUCCACACACACCCUCUGACCCUUUGCACAUCAGCAUCUUGACAGAUGACCUCUUGACAAGUCUGUAUGUUCCCCCCAGUGGAGCCCCUUCCUCAUGGUCUCUUGUCUGAGGAGGCAGAGGCCUCUGGCCUGUGAACCUCCCGGCACGGCCUCCGGCGUCAGUGCUGCGGAGGAUGACUUGGUGCCACAGAGAAACGCCGGGGAGACCCCGCGGGGUUGGGGAUGCUGGGAUGAUGGCCUCAGGGUGCCGAGGGUUGGGGCCAGGACAGUCAGGUGGGGAUGUUUUCCAGGGGACCAGCCACGCCCUGUGCUCUCGGAGAAAGGUGUUUUCUUCUGUGCGUCCCGGGUAGUGAGGCCAGUUCCAGGUGUUGCGAAGGAGCGAGACUGGACGGGGCCCAGGCCUGAGAUCCGAAACCUCAGAGGCUGCGCAAGGGGUUUAGGAAAGCCCGUGGCGUGAUUUCUCAAGGGAGCUGCCCACCUGGUGCCAAGAGCUGCCUUGUCCUUCCCCGCUUUUCCAUUUCCCACCCGGGCACCCGGGUUGCCCCGGGCUCCGGGCACAACUGCAAAACUAAGUGACCACAGGUGUGCGGGCGGGCCACCUGCAGAACGAAAUGCUUUCUUAAAGGUGACUCGGGCCCGCGUGGAAGACGGCGUCCACCCACAGAGAGGGCUGACCCCCCCCCCCCCACCUCCCCCGGCCCCUGCGGCCCCUCCCACGAAUCCCUGUCCCUUAACAGGAAGCUGGCCCCAGCCGCCUUUUAUGAACUAGCAUUGGGGGUGGGCCUGUCGGAGGGGGAGGCAGGAGGAAAGCGCUCUGGGUGGGACCUCCCAGCCCGUCCCUGGAGCCGUGGCAGGUCACUUCCCUGAUGGGCAGACGGCCUGUGCCGUUCCCCCGGGAGCACCGUCCGCGAGUCGGACAGGCACUUGUGACCAUCUCUGGUGGCGGCACGCCCGCGCAGAAAUACGACGCCGUUGUCUACAGAAGAACUUGAGCCUUUUUCACGAUCUCACUCCACAUGGCCUUAUGGCUCCUGUAAAUAGGGGGCUGACAAAAGUCAUUGUGUUACGGGCGACAUUUUGUACGGGGCUGUUUCCUAAAUCAAACCCAUAUUCCGGAAGUCCAGCACCUCCCCCCUGAUUUUGAUUCUUAGAUGCUUUGUAAGACGGGGAGUGGAAAUACAUGGACAUAGACUGUAUAUUUUCCUAGCCUUUCUUCCGGGUCCCUGCGUCAGAGCGUUGAGUCCCGACAGAGACGGAACCCAGUCGGGGGUGUGGGAAAGCUAAGCUCCCCGCUGGCAUCCUCGCAGUUGCCUUAGAAUUCGCCAGCCCUGGAGUUCUGCACGGAGGAGGCGAGAGGCACUUUAUCCAACCCCAGAGGGAGCCUCGAAUUGUGUGACUGACAGUUCACCUAGAAAAAAGCCUAUAUUUUUAACGUCGAAACCACGGGGCUCCCUGGACUCACUGCGUAUUGGACAUCGACAAGUGCUUUUAUAUUUUGUAACUGUAAAGAGUUUCCUACGCACAUCGAGAGCAGUUGGGAAGCCGGCCAACUGCCCCCAAACGAGAUGACCUUUGCAUGUACAAAGAUGUCGCAUUCAGACCCUGAAAACAGAAAUAAAGUUUUGGUGCAAGUUGCACUGGAGAA